AUGGCGUCGGCGACAAGCAUCAAGGAAGCCAUUGUGCGCUUCGAAGAGAGCGAGUAUCGACGGCGGCUCGCAGGGGUGCCGGAAGCGGCGCAGGAAAGCGUACCGCGAGUUGUCGCGGCACAGGAGGCGAAGGUGCUGCUCAUUGGCAUGUUGCCCCCCAUUGCCAAGAUGGACAAGGAGAUCUCGACGCUGAAGGAAUGUGUGCAUCUCGGGCUGAGCACCAACGCCAUCGAGAAGAUAGGCCCUGGCUUGAAGGAACUCAAGAACCUAAAGGUGUUGUCUCUGGGCCGCAACAGCAUCCGCAAGCUCGAGCAGCUCGACCUGCCGCAGUUGGAGCAGCUCUGGGCCUCGUAUAACAAAAUUGACAAGCUGACCGGGCUAGACAAGCUGAAGGGCCUUCGAGUGCUGUAUCUGAGCAACAACCUCAUCAACAGCUGGACAGAGAUUGACCGUCUAGCGAACCAGUGCCCCGAGCUGGUCGAUGUUCUCUUCCUCAAUAACCCCAUCUGCAACAGUGCAGCAAGUAAUCAGGAAUACCGCUACAUGAUGCUGCAGCGCCUGCCAAAGUUGACACGGCUGGAUGGCGUGCCUGUUGACCCAGAGGAGAAAGAGGAGGCGGACCGCCGCCGCUAA